AUGCACCCGUCCGAAGUUUUUGCGGCAUCAACCUUGCAGAAGGCACGGGCCCAGGAGCUUGGCCAUGGCGCGCCAAUUCGCAGCGUGGUGCUCCCUGCUGCCUGCAGAUCGCCGCAGGAGCUGCUGCGCGGCCCACUGCCAGGCGCUGCAAUGGAACGGUCGCUGAGUGAUGUCCUCACCUUUCAGCCUCAAAUACGCAAGCCGCGCAAGUCGCAGGUGCCGCCAGAGCACCUGCGGGAUCGCGUGGUUCAGACACGUCUUCUGGAUGAUUCACUGAAGGCCGACUGCCUGGAGCGGCUUGCGGGAGCUGCGCAACGGGCGCCUAUGGUUCGCAGAGCAUCAUGGUCAGAUGUGGCACCACCACCACCGCCAGAGAGUGAUGAUGAGGUCAUAGAGUUUACGAAGGAGGAUUUGUUCAAGGAGGAUGCUCCGAAGAAGCCUCCAGAUGCCACAGAGGCUGAGCCGAGCGCGAUGUCGCGGGAGGAGCUUGGUUCGGAAAUGCCUUCGGAGCCUUCGGCGCCUUCCGAGCGGCGGGAGGUCCCUUCGGCUGUUCCUGCCAUGAACCUGACGGAGCUCUUGGCGGAGAACGAGAAGCUGAGAGCCGCUGCCGGCCUGAGCGAGAAUGAGCAUUUCUCCUGGCGGCCUGGUGGAACCACCCUCCCGGAGACAGGGCCGCUCGCGGACGUCCGCAGGAAACGCCGGGGCUUCGAACUGUCGGGCGCGGAGGCGAAGGACUUCUACGCAGAUUGGAGUCAGGUGGGGGCUGCCGGUCUACACUGGCAUUACAAGGGCUCCAGUCCGUUCCGCAGAAGAUCAAAGAUGGCGAGCAAAACGCCAAGUGCCUCUGUGGAGGUGCUGCCUCCGCUCGAGGCAGUGCCCAUCCCUGCGGCAGCUCUCGAGGAUGCUCGGCAGGCUGAGCAGCAGCAACAGCACGCGUUUUGCAUCGCAGCCCCUGGCGCCAUGAAGCGCCGCAGCCGGGUGUCAAACUUCACUGUCUUCACUGAGCAGGGCAUCGAGUGGGCUAAGCUGGCCAAAGGCGCAUGUGCUCUUCGCAGUGCGGUCCAGAAAGAGGUUCCUUUGGACUUGACCGAAGAUGGCUUUGUAGCGACCGCCUUGGCGCCAUUCGGCAUACAGCUGCGGAAGCAGACGGAGUCGCCUCCAGAAUCCAACGCAGUCCUGUCCAAGAAGGUCAUCAACGAAGUCCUGGCCAUGAGCUCGGAUCCAGGCCUGCAACUUCCAUUGGAGGUGAAGUACUGGACCCGCCAGCAGCUCGAAGUGUUCGUUAUGAGCGGGGGAGUUCUACGACCGAAGAACUGCUCGAUGCCCGAUGAGCGCCUGCUGGCAAAUGCGUCCAUGAGCAAGGACGAAGUCGUGCACUCCCUGGCCCAGGCUGCCGAGUGGAUUGCCAAUGCGGACGCACUGCUUAUUGGCAGUGGCGCCGGGAUGGGAGUCGACUCCGGCUUGGGGACUUUCCGCGGUGGAAAGAAAGGAGUUUGGGAUGGCCUGGAGGCAGUCGGUUUGGCUUACGAGGAGAUCUGCGAGCCAAGAUGGUUCGACGAGGCCUCGGGCGAUCCUCGGCUGGCUUGGGGCUUCUGGAACCACUGCUACCGGGCGUACCAGGAGACAAAGCCACACCAGGGCUAUGGCGCCCUCCGGCAGCUGGGCAUGCAAGAUCCCAUAGCCAUGCUUGUAAGAUUGAUAGGCAGCUUCUGGAACUACAUGUUCGAUGUUCCCUUACGGCAAGCCCGUGAGUUCCAAGUGCAGAACGUCAAUCUAGCGCGCUUCGCACUGUUCCGAGAAGACAUCCGUGACCUUGGUGCCUUGACGACCGACAAGGUGGCGAACCUGCUGGUUGUCAAUACCCUCAAGGUGGGCUUCAUUGUUGCACUGUACUUCAACUUCGACCGGACAGACAGCGGCUUCCAAGCGCGGACGUACCAGGAGGAUCAGCUCGCUGUGCUUCUGGGAAUGACCCUCCUCACGUCCUUCUUUUUCUUGAUGACCUCGAUAUGGUUUGCAAUGCAUGCUUUUCAGCUUUCCCAAGCCAUCACUACCAAGUUGCUUGUGCAAGUCGUGCGCAUCCCUAUGCCCUCCGAGUAUGACAUCGCCAAGGCGUCUACCGAGGGCAGGGACUUCGAGUUGAACUUCCGUGAGGCGCUGCGGCUUCCGUUCCUUCGACCGACGCUCGAUCAGGAGACGAUUCGCGAUCACAUGAAGGACGUGAGCCGACAAUUCCCGUUGUCAGAGGAGGUUCCCCGAGAAGACUCCAGGCUGACGGCCGACACCCAACCUGCAAGCCCAAGAAGUAGGGCGCCAUCCUACUCAUCUCCCAAGCCCAAUGGCCCCCCCACCAACGGCACGCCGUUGCUUCAAACGACGAAGCCUGUAAACAGGACGGUGACAAUGCAGGAGCUACUGCACUGCCUGCCACCUCACGCAGAACGGGCUACGUCCGAGAUGGAGCCGCAUCUCAAGCUACUUUGCUUGGUGGCGUCCGCUUGGCAGCCUUUUGACUUGUACAGUCGAGUUACCACCGUUCUGGGCUCCUCUUGUCUUUUUAGUGGCCUGGCCUACUUCUCCUUGUACUACAACCGUUUUGAUGUGGACGGUGGCAGCGGCAUGCCCACAGAGGCUUGGUGCAGCUUUCUGUUCAUGUCCACACUGGCUUGGUGGAACCUCACCAUCGAGAUCGCAGGCAGCAAGCUCGAUCUGUUCAUUGCUGCGCUGCUUAUUCUCGUCGGUCCCACGCUUUGGGUGGCGUCGAACAAGCCCACGCUCCAUUCAAGCGUUAUGCGGCACUUCGGCUACCCUGUCUUGGUGACCAUCCAGGCCUCCUGGAUCUGCUUCUUGGGCAUCCGGGCCUUCACCUGUGGUGGAGAGUGGCCUCACUUCUUCACCAGCACACGGUAUCUGAACGUUGUGCACAAGCAGCGGGGGCCCAUCGAGAUCCCGGCGGACAUCGCGCGGAAGGUGACUGAAGACGAGGAUUCCUCCACUGAGUCGUCCAUAAACUACAAGGAGUCGCAGCAUGCCAUGGCCAUCGCGCAGCCGUUGAUCGACGUACUAAGCCUGAUCGCUGACCUGCCCCAGUCCUCCUCUUCGCGUGCAGCUGUGUUCCAGGCCAGAGACUGGCUAAGAGAAGCUGCACGUGCUGCUGGUGUGCUGCGCACAUCCCUGACCGUGAAGGGCUUCUGGGUCUACUUGCCCAUGAGUGGCCUGGACAAUGAGGGCUCUGUACCUCAUUGGGUGGAUGUUAAUGGCAUCGACUACGCGGACGACUGCAGAGACGCCACGGAAGCUUUCAUGCUGCCGGAGCUGCUCCAGGCAGCGGACAUGGCUGCCGAGUCGCUGCAUGCGCAAGCCGUGCGUUGGACAGUCCAUGACAUGCUGAGGCUCGCAUCCUACGGAGGCGAGCCGGUGACGGGCGUGAACAGCUUCCUGUUUCAGUUCGAGAACAUCUCGGACAGGAUGCGAACUUUCGUGCCCUCAGCCGACCAUCUCUUCAAGGUUGCCAUGGGCCUGGUGUCUCUUUUUUGGGUCAUGGUUUGGGUGUGGUCUAUCUUGGCCGCCACAGAGCUCUUCCAGAAAGUCUCGCUUAGCGGCACGAUGCAGCAGUUUACUCUCGACACUCCGUGGCGGACAGUGACAUCUUUUGGCUGCACCCUGGAAGGAGAGCACUACGUGGUCACAGAUUCCAUCGUCGUUCAGAUCCUGUCUGAGGAGGGCAACGUCUGGCUCGAGUUCGGCGCCUGCGACGGAGCCCCGGUCCUGGCCGUGGACUUCGGCCAGCAGGGUGAGGUGAUCGCCACGUGCCAGAAAGGCAUCCAAACCACCUGGCUGGCAGGGGCACAGGUGCAGGAGCAGUUCUGGGUCUCCAACGUCUCAGGCUUGCAGGACUUCUCAGUGGACCGGUCGCCCUUGGAGGACCCGGCACAUUUGGAUGCCAUAGCCAUCCGCGGUGAGAAGAUCAUCGGCUUGCGGCACCACCCAGACUCCAGCUGGCGGGAGGUUGGCAUCCUGAAUGUGCCCCCCGUCAAGGGCCAUUUUAGCGCCGUGGCCGUGCGGAGGGGACGUGCCCUGCUGCUGACGAGUGUGGAUGAGAUGUACGAGUUGGACGUCCCAUCAGGCGUCUGGGCUGGGCCCAUGCUUCUCCCCAACAAAAACAACGCCGACUCCUACGACUGGGUCUCCAUGUGCAGGUUGACGCAUGGUAGGUGGCGCUUCUUGGGUCACCCGAACGGCCUACCGAUGCAGAUGUGGAGAUUCGAGCGGCCGCCUGUUAAUGCCUUGCCGCCACGGGAGGAUCCGCUGUCCGGCUUGGUGGAUACCAAAACGGAGUUCCCCUUUCGGGCACUGUGGACCACUGCGGUAGAGUCAGAGAUGUCCGUUUGGCUUCUUCUCCUUCACGUCGAACAUCGACAGCCACUGGUGUUUGCAGCAGGGAUACCAAAAAAGGACCAUAGCUCGGGGCACGGGGCGCUGACGGCUGACGACACGAAGCUUCGGAUUGCUGUGAGGACGGCUUCCGGCAUGUCGGCGGAGCGAGCACCAGCAGACCAUUCCCUGGCGGAAGAUCCGCAGACUCACCGAGUGCAGGGAGUGCUGCCGACCUGCCCGAAGUGCAAGGCAGUCGCCAGACCCAAUGUGCAGAUGUUUGGCGGCGAUUCUGGAUUCUCGCGGGCACGCCGUGGUGCGCAGAACACCAGGUACGAUGCUUGGGUCAAUGGCCUGGCAUCACGGCCCGAUGUUAAUAGUCUCAGUGUAGUCUGCUUGGAAGUCGGUUGCGGACUCACUGUUCCGACCGUCAGACGGGAGCUCGAGAAGGUUGUACAAAGAUUCCCGGGUGGCCGCCUGAUUCGUGUCAACCCAGAGAACCCCGGACUUGCCAAAGAGCUGGUCGAGAAGGGAGUGAGUGUGCCGCUGCCGGCAUCUGCUGCCAUUGAGAAGCUGAGUCAGCAAGUGGCGCAGACUGAAGAGACCAUGCAGGCCACCUACGUUCUGUGGGGCGUGGAGGGCGGCUGCGAAAUCCGCGCGCCGUUCGGGACAUGCCUGGGACGACUGCUACGCUUGGUGGAGACCCAGGGCCGGAUGACGGUGGAUUUCAAGCCGGACGUCGUUGGGAUUGUGAAGCAGGCGAUGGGACCCAGGACGGAGCCCAUCACCUUGGAGAAGUCCGUCCCGAUGGACAUGUACCAGGAGGUGAAGCUUGGAGAGGGCUCCAAGUUGGAGGUAACGGCGAUCCUGCGGGUUAUGGCCAAGUUCUCGGGUGGCAGCUCCAGUGUGGGCGGCUUCAGCCUCAACGCUCCACUAGCCAAGCGGGUGGAUCAGGUUUGCAAGCUCCUGGACGAGGUCAACACUGCCUUCAGCCAGCCGGAGUACCAGAAGGCGGCUGAAAGUUGUGAGGAUCGCCGGAGUUUGUUGAAAGAGACCCGAAACAUCCAGUUUGAGAUCCUUCCGAAGUAUGACAUCGAAGCCACGGACAAGGGCACCUCCAUUAUGGCGGCGUGGAUCAGUUCGGCUCAGAACGGCAUCAAGGAUGUGGACGACAAGGUCAUAGCCUCAAUGCACUUGAGCCGCAUGGCCUAUGCCUCCAAGUUGCCCUUGGCGAAGAACAAGGCGAAGGAGGCCGCACCAACGCCGGUUCCAGCUGCACCCCAGGCAGUGGAGCGCGUGCCCUUUCCCGAGAAGGCCGAACUGGUUUUCUGGAUGAUAAUCCCUAUCGGGGAGCUGCGGCAUCCUUUCAUGGAGUCUACUCUUCACACCAGGCUGCGCCGCCUGCGAAACCUGCAGCGCCGGUGCAGGUGCAGGCACCACUCGCCACGUGCGUCGAGUUUCCUGGACGUGCGCCGGUUUGACCAGGCGCCGCCAAAGGCCGCACCGGGCGUGGCCACACCACCUGUGGCGCUAGAGACCCAGGGUGGAAGUUGGAAGUCGGAGUGCAGCAGAUAA